ACUGUUCCUCUCCAGCCAAUUUAACUUAUUUCGUUGUUUUUGUUCUUUAGAAACGAAUAACUUCCUUGAAGGGCGCCAAAUGGUAAUCGAGACCAAACCUCGAAACGGCCCUGAAUACAUCCCUUUCAACCAGUUAGGGUGUAUCCCCACCACUGGCUGGACGAGUAUGUGUGGGACAGACCAGUUUACAGUUCCGUUGCUUAUUCGAACUCAGCCAGAAAGAAAAACAGUAAGCGUUCAGCUUCGGUCGAGGAAGGUUCGAUUUGGUAAAGGCUCUUGUACUGUUCGCGGUGGGUAGUGUUUGUUAUUAUUUAACUUUUUUGUUCAAAAUAAACUUUUUUUUGGAUAUACGGACUCAAAAUGUGGGAUCCUAUUAAUGGUGAUGGUUGCCGGGCAUGCCAGUUCAAUACUUCCAGUAAAAUGGUUUGUGAACAAAUAGACGGUCCUUAUUUGGACAAGGAAAAUCUACAACCCUUCAACAUCAUGAAAAGUGACGAACUUUCACUGUAUGAUAAUGGUACAAUCGAGCCUUACCACGAGUCGUCCCAAGCUCAUUGUCGUCGACCUCUGGAAGAACAUGAUUCAAAUUCCCAAGAUUCAGGUUAUGGUGCGAGCUACCAUGGCGAAAAAUUCCUUUCUCAUACAUCUCCAACAAAAACCACCACUGUAUCCUUCAGUUCAAUGAGUUCAAUGGAAGAUGAGUUUUUUGAUUUUUCUGAUGUCGAGCCUCUGGAUAAGCCUAGAUUACCUCACGAUUUCAAUAAACUAAUUUCGAAUCCUUUGAUUCACUUGAACAAAUCACAGGAAGGCUCAGCUUCUAAAGAUGUAAUUAUGAGGCCAGUUUUUCGGAGGACUGUCUCUUUGCAAAAUCACUCUGAUAACACACCAAACAGCAGUAGGGUCAGAACUAGUUUAUUCAAAGGUGAUCUUGAGAAUAAAUCAUUCAAAAGGCCUGAACCUCCAAAUGAUGUUGACAUGGUUGGUACCAAGCGAUCGAAAUUGUUUGAUGAUGAAGCAUCAGUUCCUGUAGUAAGACCCCUUUUUCAACGUGCUAUCUCAGCUACUGAAGAAAGUAUUAUGUGCGCUGUCCAGCGGUCGUCGACAGAGCCCGACCUUAUUGGGGAUUUCACUAAAAAUUUCGGCCUACCUUUAACUACAAGUCGCCAUCAAGAUUUAAAGGCUAUAACUCCGAACACUCUGGCCAAUCUUAUGAAAGGAGGAUUUACUGGUGCAAUUGCUUCAUUUAAGGUCAUUGAUUGCCGGUAUCCCUACGAAUUUGAUGGUGGACACAUUCAAGGCGCUUUGAAUAUUUAUACUAAAGAACAAUGUAUGGAACUACUCAGGCAAGAAACAUCGACUGAUUUCCAAGAUAGGCACAUUCUGGUCUUCCAUUGUGAAUUUUCCAGCGAACGAGGCCCUAAUUUAUAUCGGUACUUACGGAAAGAGGACCGCAACAAGAACGAAAGUAUCUACCCCUCCCUGAACUACCCUGAGAUCUACCUCCUUGAAGGUGGUUAUAAAAAAUUCUUCGAACAUUACUCGGAAAUGUGCACUCCGAUAGCUUACAAAGAAAUGCUGCACCCCGAUCACGAAGAAGAACUGAGACAUUUCAGACAGAAAUCGAAAACUUGGAACUGUGAUUCUCGCCAUCGCCCUGGAAAAAGCUUUAAGAGGCUAGGAAUGUAAAUUAAUUUAAUUUAAAGCCAUGCGUUUAUAGUACAAAUGUUUAAUACAAUGUGGGGAUUAAAAAUUAGACAACUUUCAGGAGCUAAAGAUCAUUAAAGCAUAAAAUUUCGCAUUACUGUAAUGUAAUAGACAGGACGUGAACAAAACUAAAGAUUAAACGUCGGAAAACAGUUAAAGGAUAUUUUAGACUCUUUAAACUAAUGAGUAAUUAGUCCCCUUAAAACUAAAUUUGUGCAAUAAUGCCAUUUUCAUCGGUGAUAUUUGUGUCACACAUUAUACACAAUGUCUAAAAAAAAUAUUUUGAAAUCGGCACAGUAUGCAAAAUUAUUCAGUAUUUAUUUUAUAUGAUCAGUAUUGUGCAAUAUUAUUUGUUUUGUAGGGGGAGUUUUGCCUUAUAACUGAAAAACUAAUCUUUAGUCACUAAACAGUCAUAUCUACAGACUUCUUUACAUUAACUGGACACUUUUAUACCUAUAUUGGAUUUAAUUUAAAUAUACAGUCUUCAAUAAUAUCCAUAUCCCACGUGACUAAAUUGAUUUCAUCAAUAGGAUAAAAGUAACAUUAAUAUCUUCAGUAGUAACCCUAAAACAAUGUUACUGACCAUUUUCAUAGAACUGAUACUUAGUUUAUAAUAAUAACUAAAAUUAAAAUUUUCAUUACAUUUUUUUUUACCAGAUACGGGUAUUGUUGAAGACUCGUUAUAUCAACAAGAUUAGUUAAAAUUUUUGAAAGUCAACAUGUAUUUUAUCAAACUGACAACUUUUUGAAUUUCAGGAAAAUUCAGAGAUUACCCAAAUAGAUAAAUAUACAGGAUAUCCUAAAAAUUAAUGCCUUUCUUUCACAUUUAGAGUAAAUAGCUCUUAAUAUAUUAUUUCAAAUAAAUCGACAAUAUUUCUUUUCAGAAUCUCCACUUUAUUGAGGGAAAGUUGUGCUAAAUUUAAUUCCCAUGUUGUACUUUUAAUGAAUUGAUGCACCACAUUGGCGCCUGAAUAAUGUGAGACAUAGUCUUUUACUAUGUAAAUAUAGUGUACAGAAUUGUUAGUUUGUGAAAAUGAUCUUCAUCAAAACGAUCUCAAUAGAGUGCCAACUUAGAGAUGCAUAGGAACAUUUGAUUUAUUUUAUUUAUGCGACGUUAUCACUUAGGUUAAGUGCCAUUUUAUUUUAUAACUACAACUUCUUUUUAAUAAUAUAGAGGAUCGAAUAUUUUUUUUUAAAGUUGUAGAGUUUUAUGAUCUUUAUUUUAUAAGUAUUAAAAUACUAGGAUUGAAUAUUUUCUGUUUUUUUAAAUGCAUCUCGAAAGUUUAGUUUUAAUGAAAUGAACUGAAAACAAUUUUUAGUAAUAUUGCCAAAAUGCUUUUUUAUGUAACCAUUCUUAUUCAUGUAGGUAUGAGAAUUUGAAUUUUUGAAAUUUGUUCUUUUGCUGAUUGUAAAAAAUCCGUAAGAGAAAUUUAGGAUCAAUUUAUAUAAUUUUUUUUUUCAAAAUGUACUCUUUAUUUCUUGUUUCUGGCAUUUUAUUUCCAGCCUGAGUUUGGCAAUAUGAAGUCAUUAACACAUUGUUAAACAAAAAUUCAAAUUCGAAAAUAUCCCUAGGAAAGUUAAACAAUAUAAAAAAAAUUUUAUGAUUAAUUUGUUUUGUAUGAUAUACAUAGGUAAUAUAUUAAAUCAACCAAUAUUCCCAUGGAAUAAAGUUUUUUUUUAACUUUUUGUGGGAUAUUCCAUCAGGAACUUUAUCCUAGUCUACCUACUAAUAAAUAGUAACAAAUUGAAUAUAAGACAUAUAUAUUUGUUUAUUAAAAAAUGAAAAGGAUGUAGUUUGUGACAUUUGAAUGUUCUUUUAAAAAAUCAUUUGCUUUACUACUAAGAAUUAAAUCAUUUGACAUCUUUUUUUAUAAAAUACUUUCACUAAAUUUGAAUGCCAAAAUAGUAGCCACAUUGAAUUCUAAUUACAGAGCAGGAAUAACAGAACGUAUAUACAGAUACUAAACAAAAUACACAAUAAUUAUUAUCAUAAUCAUGUUCAAGUCCGAACUAAAAAAAAUUACCUAAUAUUUUAUAAUAGAAUGUCAGAUGAUUGUAUUCUUAGCAUUUGCUGAAUAUUUGUUUUUAUUAAUGUAUGAUUAAGAUUAUUUUCACUAGAAAAUUGCUUUGCUCUUACAUGCAAUGGGAGAGCGCUUACAUGCAAUGUAUAGUCAACCAAAGUAUAAAGAUUUUCCUGAAUGACUUCUUGACUGAAAACCAGUCUCUAUUAAAAAUGUGCAAUUUUAUAAGCAAUAAAAAUGUGAUGGUUGUCUGCACAAGGCCUAAGUCUUCUUGUGCAAAUAUAUUUAUUUGAUGUUUUGGAUACCAAUUUUAAGGAUAAUUUCCAAUUGAAUUGUAUUCUAUGCGUUUUAUUUAAUUUCAAG